GGAAAAAAAAAAAAAAAAACCCUUUCAAUGCAUUUAAGCAAAUCUAAACACAAUGCAAACCCACUCAUAUAUUAUCUAACGUACACCUUCUUCAUCCUCUCUCGCUCUCUCUCUUCUAUGUGUUUAUCUUCCUCUCUAUAGAGAACACCCAGAAAGCUCUCAUGCCCUCUCUUCAUCAUUUUCUUGUUAAAUUAUUUCUCUUCUUCUUUUUAUUGCAAUCUGAAUGCUGUGUGUCUUUAAAGCAAGAAUCUUUGAUAUUGCCUCUCAAAACCCAGAAACAUUCUCAUUUCUUCACCGCAACACACUUCUCCUCCGCCACCAACAAGCUCUUCUUCCACCACAAUGUCUCCCUCACUGUAUCUCUCACGGUUGGUUCUCCUCCGCAGAAUGUUACCAUGGUCCUUGACACGGGCAGCGAGCUCUCUUGGCUUCAUUGCAAGAAAGCGCAAGGCUUGAACUCCAUCUUCAACUCUCUCGCUUCUAAAACUUAUGCUAAAGUCCCCUGCUUUUCUCCGACCUGCAGGACCCGAACCCGUGACCUUAUUAUACCCGUUUCCUGUGACGCUGCUAAGCUCUGCCAUGUUACCAUCUCCUAUGCCGAUGCUUCCUCCAUUGAAGGCAAUCUCGCGUUUGAAACAUUCAGAAUCGGGUCCUCUAUUCGGCCAGCCACAAUCUUCGGAUGCAUGGACAUGGGUUUCAGUUCUAAUACGGAGGAAGACGGCAAGACAACCGGGUUAAUGGGCAUGAACCGUGGCUCAUUAUCAUUCGUUAACCAAAUGGGAUAUCGGAAAUUUUCAUAUUGUAUAGCGAGUCUCGACUCGUCCGGUGUUUUGCUUCUCGGAGAUGCAACAUUGCCCUGGCUUAAACCGUUAAGUUACACUCCUUUGGUUCAAAUCUCAACCCCAUUACCGUACUUCGACCGAGUCGCCUACUCGGUUCAACUCGAAGGUAUAAAGGUAAACAGCAAAAUUCUAUCGCUGCCGAAAUCUGUGUUUGAACCGGACCACACCGGAGCAGGGCAGACUAUGGUCGACUCCGGCACCCAGUUCACAUUUUUACUGGGUCCAGUGUACACGGCUUUGAAAAAUGAGUUUUCGUCACAGACGAGGGGGAUUCUGAGAGUUUUAAAUGAUCGGAAUUUUGUAUUCCAAGGAGCAAUGGACUUGUGCUAUUUGAUAGAAUCCACUAGGCACGGCUUGCCCGUGCUACCGGUCGUAAGAUUGAUAUUUCAGGGCGCGGAGAUGAGUGUAUCAGGGGAGAGGUUGUUGUAUCGGGUACCCGGUGAGAUAAGGGGGAAUGAUUCAGUGUGGUGCUUUACAUUUGGGAAUUCAGAUUUGAUGGGGAUUGAGGCAUUUGUGAUUGGAAAUCAUCAUCAACAAGAUGUGUGGAUGGAGUUUGAUCUUGAAAAAUCUAGGAUUGGACUUGCUGAGGUUAGGUGUGAUGUUGCUGGUAAAAAGCUUCGCUUGUACAAGUAAUACAUACAUGCAAUGGAAAAAUAUUUAUCUAGAUUCAGUUUUUUAGGAACUAAGAUAUGGAUAAGUGAAUUUUUUUCAUGUAAAGAACAGAUGAGAAUUGUUUUUUGGUGUGUAAAGUAUUAUCCACA